AUGGCAUCAACGGACAUCCAUGUCCUGCGCGAGAACCCCUCCAAGGACGACGACGAAUGGCGCUUCUUGGAUAUUCCUGCGCACCUGAUGGCGCCUCGCCCGACGCGCUCCGGGAAGCCGCGCUCCAAGCUUAUCAGAUUCACACCCGAGAGGAUCACCCUACAAGCAUCCGAGCUGGCGAGCAACCGCGUAGUCCACCAUGAUGAACCGGAGAAGAUCAUUGUGGCGUCUUUCGAUGGUCUUCGGUUUCCGGACGAGAGACCUUCUGUUUCGAGCGAAUACAUAUUCAGGCUGCUGAAGGCGGGUCUGUUUCUGAACGGAAAGCAGUAUCGCUUUUUCGGGCAUGGCAACAGUCAACUGCGUGGCAGAGGGUGUUAUCUGCGAGAAGCCAACACGGAUGAAGAACUGGACGAGCGCGUCUACGUUAUGGGUCAAGAACUGAAGAAGAUCCUGAAUGUCGCAAAAAGAGCGAAGCGCAUCGGUCUCUUGUUCUCUGGCGCCGAGAUAGACUACGUCGUGCGGGACCGUGUCGGCGACAUUGGCGACCUCAUGAUUGGUGAUGAGAACUUCUCAGACGGAUGCGGUCUGAUCUCAAAAUGGCUCAGCAUACAACUGAGUAGGAAGAAGCGGAUCAUCUACCGGGGUGAACGCUACACGCCUUGCGUUUUCCAGAUACGCUAUCGCGGGUACAAGGGUGUGGUGAUGCUCCAUCCAGCCCUGGAUAGUGCCAAACAACACAUCAUCGAAUUCCGCAAGAGCCAAAAGAAGUUCGCAGCCACGAUAGACGACACAUUCUCCGUCGUCGGUCAUUCAACGCCCUAUUCAUUUGGACGUCUCAACAACGAGAUCGUCGUACUUCUCACUAGUCUAGGUAUCACAGCCGAGACUUUCAAGAGGAAGCAGGACGAGUACUUCGCUUGGAUACGCGAUGCAGCACUGGACCCGGGAAAGGGAUUCGAGUUCCUCUCAGCACUCGGGAAACACAACACCGCCGAGAAGCUCUUCCUGUACGGGUUCAAUCAUAGCGGCGCGCCGGAUGCGGAAGACGCGCGCCUCUCGGGUAUCAACGUGCAGAAGGACAUCCGCGGCGCGCAGAUGGGCGAGCUGGCCGCGUUCAGGAAGAACGGUGAUGAACGCAAGGAGCGUGUGAGGAUGCUUGUGCACAAGUCUCGGCGCCUGUAUGGUGUUUGCGAUCCGUUUCGCGUCUUGAAGGAGGGCGAGGUGCACGUGAGGAUCACUACGUCUCGGAACGGCGCGAGCACGGUGCAUGCAACGGAUGUCAUCAUUGUUCGCAACCCAUGCCUUCAUCCUGGUGACAUCCUCAAGCUACGCGCAGUCUAUAAGCAGGAGCUUGCACAUCUAGUGGACUGCGUAGUGUUCGCAUCUGUUGGAAAGCGCGCAGACCCGUCGAAGAGCUCUGGCGGUGACCUCGAUGGCGAUGAGUAUUUUGUAUGUUGGGAUCCGGAUCUUGUACCCCAUACAGUAUCGGAACCGUAUACCUAUCCGCCGAACAAGGAGAACACCCAGCUGAAGAUCACGAGGGAAGACCUCGCUCGGUACUUUGCUUUCUGGAACAACUCAGGAAUGGCUCGCACGACGGCUCUACAUAACAAAUGGGCGCGCUAUUCACCUCAGGGAGCGCUCAGCAAGGAAUGUCAGGAACUGAAUGCGCUAUACUCUCAGGCGGUGGAUGGCGCCAGAGUUUCGAUACCCGAGCGCCUCAGAUCUCCUCCAGAUCCUCCCGAAGGCUCUGAACCGUUCAUCCUGACUGUUCUCGCAGACGCUGCGCGAGAGUUCGCGCAAGACCUAUUGGUCGAGGAGGGUCAUGCCGAUCACGGUCCCCUCUCCCCCGAAGAUGCAGACGAGCUCAUUCACCGCCUUUUCUCCAUCGACGAGGCUCUUCUGUCCGAGGAGCAAAUUGUGAACCUCGCUCAUAAGCUCGCUCGUCGUCACGGGCUCGACUUCCGCAAGUACUUCUCACAUAUCAACUGGGGUGCGCUCGGCACGGCGGAGAAGAAGGCGCUUUCGGCCGCGUUGGACCUGCAACCGCUCGAGGAGGCGUACAUGUGGAACAGCCUUCUGCGUUCUGAUAUCGUGAAGGCUCAAGACUUGUCACCGAAAAAGUUGGGUGGGCCUCUACGUGUUCAGCGGCUGUACUCGUCGAAGAAGGUCGGGCGGCCUGCUUUCUUUGAGUACUUGGUAAGAGCGAUGCAGAACUACACUCGAAAACUGGUCGUAGUGAAGCUUGACGAACGCUUCGCCUUCGCCUUCUUCAUACGUGGCGAUAUAGCCCUCAACGAGGACGCACCUGUCGACGGGGAACACAUUGUUGUUGCUUCGUUCAUGAAAGAGACUGCGAUGGAGGCUGUUUCAACCUUCAAGUAUUUCCCUGAGGGCUUCCGAUUAUAUUGUGGCGAUGGCAACGUUCAGCUCUUCAACAAGACGCGGGCGAACACCUUCAUACAUCUACGCAAACCGCCGAUUAACUCAGAGGAAGACUUCAUUGUCAGCAUUGCGUUGCAACAGAUAUCGGGACGGGUGCAGAGGCAAAUGGGACGGGUGAACAGGCAUCCUGUCGUGGAUAUGGAGAUCCACGUUGUUUCCAAUCGCGACCGUGUGGCCCGUCAGCUCUUCGAUCUUCGCUUCGAUCACGUCGACACGGAGGAGUACAUUCGUCGCCUUCAACAUACCCCAACGACCUACCAGCGCAACACAUUGGAUACAGCUGAACUCGAUGGCGUUCCUGAACACCUGAGGGAUAUCUUUCGCCUUCAAGAGGAUGCCGCAAAGCGGCGCCUCGCCUCCGUCGACCUAGAUACUGGCCUCGCCGAGCUCAACAAGGUUAUGGAGUUCGCGUGGACCCAUCAUUGCGAGACACAGCUCUUCUGGUCAUUCGACGCGCUCAUCGAGCGCCUUCCUCUGGACAGGGUCCUUGUGGGUAGCUGGAUCAAGCGGCACCCGCUGCUUGUCUUUUGCAUACUCAAGAAGUACCCGCCUGAGGAGGACGGACUGCUCGGAGAUGAUAUCAACAGCGAGGAACUCGGCCCGGCGCUUAUCCAACAAGUCAUCCGCGCUGCCCCCGCCGUGCCUAUUGCUGCGUUGGUUGCGCUCGAGAAGCUCACCGGGACCAUCAACGCACUCGACUUCGCAUUGUACAUAGAGCUCGUCGAGCUCGUAGUGCUGGUGAUCCGUGCUCCGGAACAAGUCGUGGAGACGCUCUUCGUCCUUCACGAGCGACGCGCCGGCGCUCGGGCCGCGUCUCCGGCAGCGGAAUACGCACACAAACAGGCGCUCGCUGUGGCGCUCGAUCGUGCUCAAGAGGCGAAUGACGAAUGUCCGUGCGACGAGCAGGGUCGUCCUCGGAAGCAACGUUCUGCACCUGCAGUCGUGCCCCUCAAGCCAUACAAAGACGAGCUGAUGACGGUGAUCGCCGAACCCCGCGUUGAUGCCCCUUCAUCUAUUCGCCUUCAUUCGCAUGUACGGCUGCGUGCGGCUUCGAAACCUGAGAAGGGCGACUUUGAAGUACCCAUGAUGGAUGGUAUCGUGACCGUGAUGCAGGCUGGCGAGGUUAGGAUCUCGCUCGCGCAUACGCCGCCGCCAGAGUAUGCGAGCAUAGAGUGGUAUCUGUAUGAUGCAGGCAGCGUCGCAACAUUCAGAGCCAUGAUGGAUGCCAUUCACCGACUGGCCACGGCCGGGGCCGAUUGCUGCAUCUUCUACCGCUCCAUCGCGGAGACUAACGUGGUCGCCACUGAGCUCGACGGCCACGCCACCGACGAGCUAGAUAUAGAUGCGUCAGGAGGAGAGUCGGAAGAAGACGGUCUGAACAGUAGUCAAAGGCGUGCGAGAGACUUGACUCUCGUCCGACCUCUUUCGUUGGUAUGGGGGCCGCCAGGUACUGGGAAGACAACCGUAGUGGUGAAGAUCUUGGAGAGUUUCGUGAGGAGUCUGUCGGAGGGAAGACGAAUCCUCAUGACAGCGUCGACCAACAACGCCGUCGACAACGUGCUUGAACGCUUUGUACGCCUGAAUGACGAGGCCCACAUAAUAUCGUCGGACCGUAUCAUCCGCUUCGCUACAGAUCGCGGACGCGUUGGCAAAGCACUGCAGAAGUAUACGCUGGAAGGUCGCGUCGGUGGGGAAAUCGUGCGCGACAGAGCUCGCAAGGAAAGGGCAGAGGAGCUCUUAGAACAUGCUGCGAUUGUCUUCACGACCUGCGCAGGCGCCGGUUUAGGAGCCUUGCGCAUCAUAAACGAAUUUCACACGGUAUUGAUCGACGAGGCAUCCCAGGUGACCGAGCCAGUCGCGCUUAUCCCUCUUGUCAAGGGCUGUAAACGGGCCGUUCUGGUUGGUGAUCAUGUACAACUUCGGCCUAUGGUACGGCGAAUAGGUCCUGCCAUGUUGUUCGAUGUUUCUCUCUUCGAGCGGCUCUACACCGGACCGAAUCUGCCUGGUUUGGCCCGCACAAUGUUAGACGUGCAGUAUCGGUUUCCGCGAGAACUAGCUCAUUUUCCGUCUACGGAGUUCUACGAGGGCAAGCUCAGGUCAGCUAUGACAGACGAGGAAGCGAAGAGCCUGUCUGCAGUGCUUGAGAUGGUGCAAUUCCCAUGGGUGAAGGAUGCUACAGGACGGAUCGAGCCCGCCGCCUUUGCGGAAGUCGUUGCCCAUAUCAUCAAGCUCUUGACUGCGUGGCGCAAUGAUGCACCGGAGGAACACCCCGAGCUGCCAACCGUCGCGGUCUUGACGCCGUACAAGAAACAAGUCAACGCCCUUCGUCACAGAGUGCAGGGUACGCCCGUGUCGACCAUCGACGCUUUCCAGGGCAGAGAGGCGGACGUGAUCGUAUUCAGCAGCGUCAGAUCCAAUCCGGAUAAUGACAUCGGCUUUGUGGAGGACAUGCGGCGUCUCAACGUCGCUUGGACCAGAGCGAGGCGUGCGCUUAUCGUAGUCGGGGAUCGCAGAACCAUGUCGGAAGGAAGCGCGUUGUGGAAGAGGGCCAUAGCGUCGUGCAAACAUGUCGAGAUUACAUUACCGGAGACGUAG